GAGGAGGGGGGGGGGAGCGGUGGCUGCUGUGAGAAUAGGCUUUGGAGUGAAGGCUGUUGGCGGCCAUUGCUGGGGGUGGAGGGUGACUCGUGGAGAAAAACAAAUGGUCCCGUUUUCUGUACAACAACAGUCCGAUCGUAUUGGAAUCGUAUAUAUUGUGAAGAGCUCGUAACCCUUCCCCAGGAAACUCAUUGCCGAGACGUGACGCCGGGUUUCGUCUUCUCCCCCCACACACCCCCACACCCCCCACUCCGCUUCCAAGCAAUCGCAAUGCUGCUGAAACCGGGAUCUCUCAUCGCUGCGGACUGGCACCUGUCUGCCGACAGCCGGGAACACCUGACUAGCAUCCUGCGCAGAAACAAGAGGAAGAUGUUCGGGUUGCUCGAGAGGCCUGUGCUCCCCCCGAAGGCUCUGACUGACACCGCGUGCUACAAGAUCUUCCUGUCCGGGAAGAGCGGAGUAGGGAAAACUGCCACGGUUGCCAAGCUUGCAGGUUCGGAAAUCUCCAGCACCCAUUACGAGACCCCAGGAAUUCAAACAAGGAUCGUGUACUGGCCAGGAAAGCUGAAGGAGACUGGCCGAGUGAUUAUGUUUAGCUUUCAGUUCUGGGACUGUGGGGAGGCAGCACUGAAGAAGUUUGACCAUAUACUUCCUGCCUGCAAGGACAAGGUUGAUGCCAUCUUGUUCCUUUUCUCCUUCACCGAUCGGUCAUCAUUCGAUGAUUUGCCCAACCAAAUGUCAAGGAUAGUAGACAAUUCUGAUAAAAUUACUAAAAUUAUUAUCGGCACAAAAUUUGAUCAGUACAUGCACACUGACGUCACUGAGAGGGACCUGAGGGAGUUCCAGCAGACCUGGCAUCUCCCCAUCUUCAGGAUGAAGAACGUUAACGGACCCUGGUUGUCAGAUGGAAAGACCGUGGAUGGCAAGGCAGGGCUGCUGGAGGUAGCUCACAUUUUGAAUGGACUUGCGGAGCACCUCUGGUACCAGGACCAGGUGACAGCUGGACUUGUCCCUCCUCCCCACCACAGUCACGAGCAAAGAGUUUCCCCCUGCUGAAAUCCUUCACAGACCAACACAGUCUCUUCCCCGGAGCACACUAUCUCUCUCGCUGUGUGUCAUUCCAUGUUGCUGUAAAUGUCAGGCUGAAUGGUAGCUAGGCGGUGCAAGUCACCGUGUUCCCUUUCACUGUGUUUGUGCUGUGUUCGGUGUCGCCUGAAUUUAAACGUGUGCGAGUUUCUGCUGCUUUCUCAGCCAGCAACAUGCCACGGGAAAUCUAGCAAAGAAAAAUGUUUGUCUCAGGUCAAAAUAUGACUUUAAAAAUGUGCAUUUGCUCAACGUCAGUUGACAACAACAAUUUGAACAAUGAUCCAGCAUUUCAGCCAUUUCCUAACCAGAGGCAGGUGGGACAGGGAGUUGCCAUUAUUGGGGAGGGUCCGUGGGGUGGGGGUUCUAAUUCUAUUGGAUUUCCAGCAUAUCCCACCUGGUUACAGGUUACACUGGUUGCUUUCACACGUGGUUUGGUAUAGGUAUUGAUUCACGGCCAGAGGCGUAAACCUAAUGCAAUGUUAAUGUGUAUGGAAAGGAAUCCAGAACCAGGCACUGGGAGAGAUCAUCUCUCAGGCCGUUCACAUGGAAGUCGAUGCCUUGAAGUAAAACAUGUAAUCUGUGGUCUGUGCACUCACUCCGCACUGUGUUUUGGACCUGAUUCCCGGCUCUGCGAGUGGCCUGGGACUGUACACAGAACUUGUGAUCGAUCUGCAAAUUCCCAUAAAACAUUUAAGGGCAAUUUUAAAUUUAAAACCAAGCAAACAGGGUCACCGUUUUUCCCUGGCAGGGAUCUUUACAUUGUGACCUGAAGACUUGUGGCUAUGUUUAAACGUUACUAAUUACCAAAAAAGAUUGGGCACUAAAUACCAGUGAGAGUGGACAUUGGGACUGUCGCACAGUUGUAUAAUGGAGCCUGGCAAUCUUCGUUAGGAUUAUGCUGGAGGAACCUUUUCGUGGCGAGACUUGUUGCCUUCAGAAGAGGAUGGGUAAGCAGGUUUCUCAGUGAAGGAAUCUAUUUGAAAUCUGAACCAACGUAACAUGUGCAGACAGAGCAAUAGAGACUGACUCGCUGCAGUGCAGGAGUCGCUUUUCUUCAUCCGAAUAGAUGUUCACCUUUAUUUUACAAUUCCCAACCCGAGCCUAUACCAGCGGCUGCAGGAUUAAAGGGCAAUCUCACACCAACAAGGUAAUGACUGAAUCACAACAGAACUCUCGCGUUAUCUUGUUUGACAGUUAUUGCGUGUUCAUCAAUGUUAGUUGUCACACCAUGUUGUCACACCAACCAUAACUACGGCCAAAAGCAUUGAUCUCGGAUGCGAAAUCUUUUCCUCAUUGUCUUCCCACCAAUUCUCAUUGAUCUCCAUUUUUGGUCAAUGUGAUUAUUAUCACCUGUAGUAAUAAUAAAUAAUGUGAUAAUAUUACAUGCUAAUAUAUCCUCCCCCAUAUACUGAAUUAUCUAUUAUACUUCCCCUUUCUAUUUUAUUAUUAUUUAAGGACACUGCCCCACAUGGAAGCCGCUAUAUAAAGUUUUAUAGGUGACUCAGAGAUCGCAAGCUUUGUGAACAAGUUUUUGUCUCUUUCUGUUUUGAUCCUGAUCUGGUGCAGGUCACGGGCAGCCGAGAAUCUCAGAACCUGCCUAAAUUGUCAGCUGAACCGCCUUGUUACUGAAUCCUGUAGCAUUAAACAUUCCUGACUUGUC